GAACUCAACUAUUCUUAAAUUUUAUUCAAUAAUAUUCAAGGAAACCAAAAGACCAAAUAUUCAAAGCUUGCAAAAGAAGGGAUCUCUAUUAUUCCUCUCUCAUUUAAUUUAAAUUGGAAAGCAAACAUAACAGCGAUCUCAUUCUCCCGCUCGCGGAUUGAACAAACUUCUCUGUACUGUGGCAACAAGCUCAUUAUCUGAUUUUCAGUCGCCUAAGAUCGUUACUUACAUUUACUUCUCACAUACGUAAUGGACGGCGUUACAGAGAAUGGCUUUUCUGUAUCUUGCAGUGGAGUGAGUGGAAGCAUCAGGAUAUCUGAUGGGUGUAUGGAUUUAACAGACAAAGUACAUCAGCUUCCCUGUGUCAUCAAAUACAAUGGCCAAUGCCCUGUUUCUGAUUACUUCAAGCCCAAGAUCACAGGUGUGGUCGUGGAUGAGCUUGAGUUGAAGGAAGCUUCUUUCAGAGGAAGGAAGUUAGCUGGAACUACUCUGUCAAUCCCAGGAAGCUAUUGUGGAUUUGUCUUGGAAAAAAUGAAACCUGAGGACCAUAAUGAUUCUGCUAGAGCUUCUAAUUUAGAAAAGGAGGGAGUUGAUGCUUGGAAUGCAACUGCAUCUUUUGAGAAUAUAACUUACUGGAAUCAUGAUAACAUGCCUUCAGAAAGUGACACUUUUAAUUGCUGUUUCCAUUGGUUUCCUGUUGCAAAUGCUAUUCACAAACCUAUUACAGCAGCUGAAAUUGCAGCAGAGACUUGUAGAGAUGGAAAAAAAACAGGAGCUUCAUGUGGGCAAAAGAGAAAAGCAAACAAAAGGUGAGGAAAGCAAAUGCGCUCAGCUAUGUAAAGGGCUGCUUUUUGGAAGCUUGCCUACUAUUUCCAAGGAUAAAAUGAAACUGUAACUUACAGUAGUUCAUCGCUGUUCAAUGCCAUUUGGAAGCAUGUGAUAUUUUGUGAGGGGAUGCAAUUUUAUUUUCCAGGGAACUGAAGUCAGAAACACAAUGUUUUGCAUGAACUGCUUUUCAUGCAAAUUAAUGUAUCUAUUGAUCUGCUGGAAUCUGCCUGUUGUAAAAAUGCUUUCCAAAUCAGGAGUCCUUGGCAUUGUUCACGUGAUCUGCUUUUCAUGUAUGUCAUAUUUCUAUUGAUCUGCUGGAAAUUGCCUGUUUUUUAAGAAUGCUUUUUGCGAUCAGGAAUCUCGGGCAUUGUGCAUGUGAUCUCCUGAGGAAGAGGAGAGAAUGAAUAGUGAUGUAUCGAUCAUAAUAUUGAUAUGAUUAAUGGAAAAGUUGAUCCUUUUUUUGUGUCA